UUUUCCUCUGGCCUAGACACUGGUAUCCAGCGUAUUCGCUGGUAUUGCAGUAAACGGACGGCAUAAAAGAUCACAGUAGAAGCGGCCCGGUAAACUGGUACAGAGUGCUUUGUCUCUAUGGGUUUUCUAGAACUGUGCUGCCAUAACGAUAGCGGCUUGAGCGCUGCGGCGGUAAUCUCUUAGCGGAGUCAUCCAACGGCAGCCACAGAGAAGGUUAUUGCUGUCGAGUAUGCCGAGUUAUUAAUCGAUUCCAUCUCUCGUUGAAAGUAGUGCGAAACAAAGGUCUACAUCUGAGUAAUCUUCUGUUCAAAAAAAAAUUCGAAAAUAGUACCUACAACUUCGCUCAGUGAGAAAUAUGUGCUGGAAUGAAAUGUGGGAACAGCUAUAAAGAAAACAGAAAAGAGACAGCAGAGUGCUGGAAGAGUACUUUUGUACAAGUUUCUUUAACGAGAACGGAAGUGUAGAAGUUUCCCUCCCCCCAAAAGAGGAACAGGCUUGAUCGACGCGCGUGUAAGUGAAUUGCCGUUACUAUAAAUAGCGUCAGCAAUCGGUGAACAACAUAUCGUCAUGUUUGCUGUUAGGAGACUUUUCCAGGCUGCUGCUUUGCAGAUAACCCGUCAUCAAAAUAUGCACCAAACAGCAGCAGCUCUGUCUAAAAAAGAGUUUGAUGUCACAUUUGUUAGGGAGAACGGGGAACGCAUCACGACCAAAGGAAAGGUCGGAGACAGUUUGUAUGAUGUUGUUAUUAACAACGACAUCGAUAUUGAUGGAUUCGGUGCUUGCGAAGGAACUCUAGCCUGCUCAACGUGCCAUCUAAUCUUCAAGCCAGAGGACUACGCAAAACUAAAGGAAAAGCCCACAGACGAAGAAAUGGACAUGCUGGACUUAGCUUAUGGGCUGACAGAGACGUCACGGCUCGGUUGCCAGGUAUUCCUUACUGAGAAAGAAUCUGGGAUGGAGGUUCAGAUUCCGGCUGGAGUCAACGACCAAAGAGCUGCUUGAUUUUUCCUCUAACAAUAGUAUUUUCCAUAAGUUUCGGAUAUUAAUUACAUAUAUUAUAAAGUGGGCUAUAAAGCACACUUGCUGCGAAAAUUACUGCCAGUAUAAGCAUGUGAGUGAGGUGGUCGUCUUUUAGUACCAUGUUCACAAGCUAUAGUGUAGAUGCAGGUAGUCCUGUUUUAAAGUGCCUAUUUUAGAAAGAUUUUAUACAUGUGUAAUAAACAGUUGUUAAUUCCAAUUCUUAAAAUAAGAAUUUUACUAUUCGUAACGAGGAAAAAUUUGUUUCGUGGGUCUUGCUUCAUUUGAAUCAAAUCGUUUAAUAAUAAACUAGAAGUGUUUGAGAGAAAAAUGUGUGUAUAUAUAUGAAUGUAUAGAAAUAUCUUGUCAAUUCAGUGAUUAACAUACUUGUCAAUAAAGUUAUUUUUAAUAGACUUCAAUAGAAUGAUAUGUAACUGGGAGACGAUUGCGUGCUCUGUUGUUUUCUUUAAAUAUUUAGGAUUCAAAAGAUUAUAUAUAUAUAUAUAUAUAUAUAUAUAUAUAUAUAUAUGAUGGAUGAUACACAUCAUAAUAAUAAAUGACCACAUAACGUAACAGUUAGCAAAAAACCCAUUACUUUACACUGUAUUUUUACCAUAUUUUGGCUUCGUGCAACCGUAUUCGUAAUCAGCAAUACAAAUAUUUCCGAGUUCUUUUACGUCUGGUACCAUUCUACAUGAGCCUUGUUUCAGAAGGCUAACUCUCGGCAAAGAGUGUUUACGUCCGGCUUCUAGCUGACACCAGCACCACACGCUCCUGAUUUCGGUUAACAAAGGCGUUACCACUACACAAACACUGUACCUGGCCAGUGGCAUAAAACAGGCUUAACGGUACAGAAACCCAGCUCACGUUACGGGUAGGAGCAGAAGCAACGAGUGAACCUGGUAGUAUUCGCACGACUAUGCGUUGCCCAUUGUUAGCUGCUAAGGUAAUGACUUAUGGCUAUUACGAAGGUCUUGAUCACUCAAGAUGAAAUCAGAACAACGCCAAUGGACGUGAACGUGUCUCGUUGAUCCCGUAGCGCAAGUCACAAAAUCAGUUUGCAAGGAAGUCUACACAGCAAAGACCAUUCAUGUAAAACACUACGACAAGGAUAAUGCGGUUUCACAGAUAUCGACUGCGAUUGUUGCGGUGGAGGUUAUAUCGUUCUUUCGUCCGAGGACAAAGAAAUCAGGGUGUUUGGUGUGUCCCAG